UUCCGUGACUGCCGGAGCCGAUCGGUCGAUCGCCACGCGGGUCGCCAGCAAGAAGAGGGAUCGAGCGCGUCGGAUUGUGCCUGUGUUGCUGGAUCUUGAUCGGGAGCGAGCGCCCCGGCGGAUGAUCGGCGAUUUCGCACCGAUGCAUGGCACAAAUCUCCUCAAGAAGGUGCUCAAGCCUCGAAAUCUCACGCCGACGGCCGGGCAGAGCUCCAGCAAGAAGGACAAUGUGCCGUCGAGGAGGAGCUCUUCCGCCGGAGCCACGGAUUCCAGCGGUGGCGCGCGAUCGCCUGGAGGCAAGCCGACAUGCACUUGCUCGCCGACGACACACGCGGGAUCCUUUCGCUGCCGCCUCCACCGCGCCGGGAAUGGCCGAUCGCAUGGCCUGACGCCCUCCGCGAUGCCCAAGCCCGACGGCCCCAAGAAGCCCUUCAAGGGGAGUAGCAGCUACACGAUUUCAUCGGUGGAUAUCCACGCGCCACAGUCGAGGCCAGCGGUUCCAAGGCCGGCUCCAGCGGCGGCGGCGGCCAAGAACAAGCACCGGGGCAAGCCCAGCCGGCUCAGUCGCAUGGCCAAGGCCUCGCCAGUCUCAACCACGGAAGAGAUCGCUACUGGUAUUGGUGACAAACUAGACGAGAAAACGUCAGGCUUUGUGGAUGAUGCCAUGGCUGCUGGAAACGAGAGGUUGGUUCGUCCAGCCUGCCAACAACGGUGCCAGAGCUCCGAGGGUGUAUACGCUUUCGACUCGGGUACUUCUUCUCUUUUGCUCUUCACGUAGGAGUAGUUUAGCGCUUGACUGGGCAUGUCCCUGCCUUGAUUUUCUCUUUGGUAGUAGUGAUUUUUUGUUUGAGGUGUGUUCUAAGGAAUGAUCAAACAAAUCGGCAACAACAA